GUUCGUCGUGCAUGAGGGUACUCGUCCCUUGGAUUUAUUUGUAACUGCCGUCAAUGACCCCGUCUUACUUUUUGUAGACGGUGUAGCAGUGAAGCGAGGGCAGGUUGUGGCGUGUGCGCACAGCCUGGGACGGGGGAUUUUUCCAUGCCACUGGAAAACAUUUGAGGCCGCGCACAAGAAACCGGGCUGAGCUGCGAGCUGCGAUUGAAGAUCUCCGGUUACGGGUACGGUCUGGUGAAGGGUUCAUGCGCAUUGUCAUCGGUACACACGCAGAAUAUAUCGUCAACGACGUGUGCGAGUGGGUACCCUCAUGGAACCAGAGAGGGUGGAAGACGACUCGCGAGGCAUUUAAAAACCGUGACCUGUGGGAAAUGUUACUCACGGACAUUGAAAAAUGGGAGGCGGUGGGGAUAAGUGCGCAGUUCUAUCUGCUGAGAAAGAAGUGGAAUACCAAAGUGAGUGAGUGCGCGGAGCAGUGGGUCAAACUCUGUCAUCCUAAGUGCAUGCUUACCAUGGUGGGAUCACCUUAUUAAGGUUCUAACCUCGUAUAUUUCCGUAUCAUUGU